AUGGCCGUCCCCCAGCUCCACCGGUCCCACUGUCUGCUCUGCCGCAGGGUGGUCGUGCUGCUGCGGCGGGAGACAGCGUCGAGGGCCAGCGUGCUGGCGCGGGGUACCACGGCAGCGACGCGGUCCUGGGUGGGACGUGCUGCACGACCUGGAGGCCUUGUCUUGUUCCCGGACCCGUACCUCCACGCGGGCGCCGACGAGUUGAGCAUGGCGUGCUGGGAGGACGACCCCGUGGUGCGGGGCUUCCUGGGGGACGGUGGCUCCCACGAUCGCCUGCUGGAGCUGUUCCUGAACGCGACUCGGCCGUUCCUGGUGCACGAGCUGCCGCACGUAGGUGUACUGGGAGGACGUCCUCCUGGGACCCAAGAUGACAAUACUGGUCAUCACCAUGGUGAACCUGCAGUGCUGCCGCUGCAGAGCCAAGAUCACCAAAAUCCUGGAAUGCCUCAAAGGGAGUUCUGCAUUGAGAAGAUUGAGUUCGAGGACAAGGUCAACAAGGUGAUUGUACGGGGGAAGUUCGAUGGAGAGAAGCUCAAGACGACGAUAUUAUGCAAGGCCGGCAAGAUCGUUAAGGAGAUAGCCAUCGUCGAAAAGUGGCCACCGCCUCCUCCUCCACCGGAAUGCAAGGUGGUGCCAUAUACGUACUCUGUACCGUAUCCGUUUCCGUGCUGCAAGCCGCCACCGCCGCCACUGAAACGGCAAUACUUGUCAUCACCAUGGUGGACCUCUGCUGCGCCUGCAGAAGCCAAGAUCACCAAAAUCCUGGAAGGCCUCAAAGAGGAGUUUUGCAUCGAGAAGAUUGAGUUCGAGGAUAAGCUCAACAAGGUGAUCGUACGCGGGAAGUUCGAUGGCGAAAAACUCAAGAAAACGAUAUUAUGCAAGGCCGACAAGAUGAUUAAGGAGAUAGCCAUCGUCGAAAAGUGGCCGCCACCACCCCCACCUCCACCUCCGCCUCCGCCCAAACCGGAAUGCAAUGUGGUGCCGUAUCCAUACCCUGUACGGUACCCGUUUCCAUGCCAGAGCUGGCCAUGCCCACCAACUCAGCCUCCGUGCCACUGCUGCAAGCUGCCACCGAAAAAACCGCCACCGCCACCGGUAAAACCGCCGCCGCCCUGCAAGUGCGAGUGCUCGCACGACAAGGAUGAAUGCAAGCAUCAUUGCCCACCAUGCCCGCCGUGUCCACCGUGCCCGCCGAACUACUGGCCGCCGCCGCCGUGGCCCUGCCGGUGCCCAGAGCAGGACAGCCAGUGCUCCAUCAUGUGA